AUGGAUUCGGAAAAGAGCGGCAUGUUGCCGCCGUACAGCGCCGCGGACCUCCCGCCACCUUCGGGCCCCCGGCACUCUCAUCACCACAAACGAUGGCUUCGACCCAGACGCAGCAUGAAGCUCAUCGUGGGAUGUCUGGCGUUCAUCGCCUUUGCUCAAUGGAAACAGAUCUCAAUACUGCCUUCCCACGAGCCAGCCUCCUCCCUCUCUGCGGAGCGUCUGCAGCAGGACUUGGCGACCUGUGCGAAAUUGCGACACAAGCCACAGGAUCCAAUUGGUCUCGGUCGAGAGAAGAACGCUCGUUUUGUCGACGGCCAGCGCCCGACGCUCAUCCGUAAUGCCACAAUCUGGGUUGGCGAGGCCGUUGAGGGAACAUCUCUAGAAGAUGCGCGUGCCGGCAAAGGGUACUCGUGGAUCACUGCCGACGUCCUCAUCGACUACGGCCUGAUCCAAAAGGUCGAAGCCGACAUCUCCCUCAACUCCCUUCCUAAGGAUACCCAGAUUUGGGACGCCAAGGGCCGCCAACUGACCAGCGGUAUUAUUGACAUGCACUCCCACGCCGGUGUUGGUGCCCUACCCGAGCUCGUCGGCAACCAAGAUGUGAAUGAGAUGUCCAACGACAUUACUCCCUACGUUCGUUCAAUCGAUGGACUCAACCCCCUCGACCCACAGAUCCAGGUCAUCAAGUCUGGAGGUGUAACUACCUCGCUGGUUCUGCCGGGCUCUGGCAAUAACAUGGGAGGCGAGGCCUUUGUCAUUAAACAUGCCGUUGGCAAGCACGAUGGCCGCACCGAGCUUUCUGCCGAGGAUAUGCUGGCGGACCCGGAUCGCAACUGGCGGUACAUGAAGAUGGCAUGCGGAGAGAACGCGAAGCGCGUGUACGGAAAGGUCGGGCACAGCCCGUUCUCCCGUCUCGGCGAGAGCUGGGAGUUCCGCCAUGCCUUCGAGCAGGCAGCAAAGCUUGUUCAAGAGCAGGACGACUGGUGUGCGGCAGCCGACAAAUUUGGAGUCGAGAGUCAGUCAUCCUACUUGCCUCAGGACCUCAAAUGGGAGAGUCUCAGUGCUGCCCUACGUGGUCAAGUGCACAUCAAUACUCACUGCUACACAAUUCCGGAUCUGGAAGCAUUCGUCGACCACACCAACGAGUUCAAGUUCCCUGUGCGGGCUUUCCACCACGCCCAUCAAACCUUCCUGGUUCCCGAGAUCCUGAAGCGCGUCUGGGGUGGGCGUCCUCCUGCUUCUGCGCUGUUUGCCGACAACAUGUACUACAAGUCCGAGUCGUACAUUGGCUCCGAGUACGCCGGCAAGAUCCUUUGGGAGAACGGGCUUACCCCCGUGUACGUCAGUGACAACCCAGUCUUGAACGCCCAGCAUGUCCUCUUCGAGGCCGCCAAGGCUUACAGAUACGGCCUUCCUUACCAUGCAGCUCUGUCCGGUGUGACAUCUGCGCCUGCCGAGUUGUUGGGCUUGGGCCAGCGAAUUGGCAAGAUCAAGCCCGGAUUCGAUGCCGACAUUGCUGUGUGGGACAGCGAUCCUCUGAGUGUUGGUGCCGCGCCUGUGCAAGUGUGGAUUGAUGGAGCUGCCCAAUUUUCUGAUCCUUUUGAGCUCAAUAAGCCUCUUGACGGCCCUAUUUCUCCCGACCCCAAGCUGGCCAAUACUACCGAGGACACCACCGAUCUCAAGGAGGUCGUUUUCACUGGCAUUUCCAACGUUUGGCUGUCGGGCGAGGAGGCCAGCACAGCCAACAGCGAGACGGUGAACGUUGUCUUCUCAAACGGCGAUAUCAAGUGCAUCGGCGCCUGCACCGAGGAGGUUGCAGCUGCCAAGUCCUCGUCUAAGAAGAUCAUUGACCUGAAGAAUGGCCACAUCACCGAGACUUUCACUGCAUUCGGUUCUCUCAUUGGCCUCAACGAGAUUGACAACGAGGCGGACACGGACAACGGCCGCAACCCCACUGGGUUCAGUCGUGGUCUUGACGGCCUUGUUCUCGACAACAAGAAGCUGCACAUAGCUAAGAAGUACGGCGUCACCAAGGCAAUUUCGGCGCCCAAGUUCACAGGUGGAUUGACGCACUCUGGAACCAGUGUUGGUUUCAACACUGAUGCCAAGCACUCGCUCGAGAAGGGCGCUGUUUGGGCCGAGGACGUUGCCGUUCAUCGUACAUUGACUCUCGCUGCGAAGAGAGGCGACAACCCGUCGAUCUCUGAUGCCAUUGGCAAGCUCCGACACACCCUCUUGGAGGCAGUUGCGACCAACGACACCGGAUCGGAUCCUUUCUCAGAGGCGGCCUACCUCAAGAAGGUGGUCAAUGGAGAGCUGCCCUUGGUCCUGACAGUUCAUAGUGCGGACACCAUUGUCGCCGCUCUCAGAGUCAAGGCCACAGUGGAGGAGGCCUUGGCUGCAAAGAGCCAGUCCAAGGAGUCUCCCAAGCUCCGUGUCUCCAUCAUUGGAGGCGCUGAGUCUCAUCUCGUCGCUUCAGAGCUAGCCAACGCCGGUGUUGGCGUGCUUCUUGCACCUUUCCAGUCCUACUCAUACACCUGGGAUCAAAGACGUUCUCUGACCGGCGCUCCUCUCACGAACGGUACCGCCAUUGACACUCUCCUAGACGCUGGUGUCGUCACUGCCAUUGGAUUAGAGGAGGAUUGGUUAAUCCGUGACUUGGGACUGCUCGCCGGCAUUGCGCAGAAGAACGGGAAUGGUCGGUUGAGCGAGAAGAAGGCGUUGGAUCUGGUUUCCUCCAACGUCUACAAGAUUCUCGGCAUUGAAGCGUCGCAGUCGAAGAAGGCUCGCCACUUUGCGGUGUACGAGGGCAGCCCGCUUGAGAUUGGAGGCAGAAUCCGUGCUGUCGGCAGUGGCCGUGAAACCGUGUCUGUUUUCGUAACUCUACGAUUUCCAAAAGUCAACUGGAUCAACAGACGAAAACUUAGAACAUCAUCAUCUACAAUGACGCGCGCUGCAGCGAUUUGCGUCGCGCACGGCGGAGGUCCUAUGCCUGUCCUUGGUGACCCUGGCCACGCUUCCAUCACCGCAUCACUCCAGAAACGCGUGCCCAAGAUUUUGAAGCUCAACACACCAGACGCACCCAGAGCCGUCGUGGUUGUAACGGCACAUUGGUCAGAAGGCGCACCAACAAUCUCAUCAGGGGAUCGCCAUGACCUGUACUACGAUUACGGCGGCUUUCCGCGGGAGGCAUACUCACUCAAAUAUCCCGCCCCGGGAUCGCGAAGUAUCGCAAAUGAGUUGAAGCAGGCUCUCGAGAAAGAAGGUCUCUCACCGGUAAUGAAUUCACGUCGUGGUUGGGAUCAUGGCGUCUUCAUUCCACUCCUCCUCAUUCACCCAGCCGCCGACAUUCCAGUCAUUCAGCUUUCAGUGUUGGCCUCUGAGGACCCCGAGGAGCACUUCCGCAUGGGUCGGGCCCUGUCAGCUCUGCGCGACACCAACGUCGCCGUCGUUGGCUCUGGCUUUGCUUCGCUUCACAACAUGGGGAAGCUGCGUUCACUUAUGAUGGGAGACCCGUCAACGGCAAAGAGGAUCGGGACGCAGGUCAACGAGUGGAACAAGGAGUUGACGGGUGCCGCACUCCUAGAGAAGCGGGAAGACCGCAUUACGGCGCUGUCAAACUGGCGCAAGUUCUCUCACAGCUACGAAAUGCACCCUCGCUACGGCGCGGAGCAUUUCAUGCCUCUGUUGGUUUGCGCGGGUGCUGCUGACGACGAGGUUGGCCGGGAGUACAAUGACGACUUCCUUGGGGCGGAUAUCAAGACAUACUAUUGGGGAGAUGUACGUGUCUGA